CUAAUUAUAAGAAAUUGAAAUUGGAGAUAAGAAAUUUCGCAGCAGCUUAAAAAGGUCAUCAAAACAAUAAAAUUUAUCUCGCUUGCUUGCUGUGGAUAUAGCUCAAUCUUCGAUCUCGAUCUCCGCGGCUUUAUAGAUUGUCCAAGCAGCCAUCAUGAGCUUCCUGUUUGGUCAGAGUGCUGAGGUCGUCAUUGAGUUGGACGGAGAGGACAAGAGGAAAAAAGUCGACGUCAAAAAUGAGGAAGGGAAGAAGGAAAAGUUGGCCCUCUACUUUGAUGGAGAAUCCGUCUCUGGAAAGGUCCACGUGAAGCUGAAGGGCAAGAGCAUGGAGCAUAAAGGAAUCAGAGUUGAGUUUGUGGGACAGAUUGAGAUGUUCUAUGAUCGAGGCAACCACCACGACUUCCUGUCUCUGGUACGACAGUUACAACCUCCCGGGGAGCUGUCCUCGUCCACCACCUUCAGCUUUGAGUUCUCUCAAGUGGAGAAGCCGUAUGAGAGCUACACAGGGACUAACGUUAGACUGAGGUACUUUAUGCGUGUGGUGAUUGUGAGAAGACUUGCUGACAUCAGCAAAGAGUUGGACGUGGCUGUACACACACUGUCUCACUUCCCAGACAUGAACAACUCACUCAAAAUGGAAGUGGGUAUCGAAGAUUGUCUGCACAUUGAGUUCGAAUACAACAAAGCAAAAUAUCAUCUUCGAGAUAUUGUGGUGGGAAAGAUCUACUUUCUACUAGUGAGGAUAAAGAUUAAACACAUGGAGAUAGCCAUCAUCAAGAAGGAGACCUCUGGAUCACCUCCUAAUAUCUACACUGAGAAUGAACAGGUGGCCAAGUAUGAGAUCAUGGAUGGUGCUCCAGUGAGGGGGGAGUCCAUCCCCAUCCGACUGUUCCUGGCAGGCUAUGACCUCACUCCCACUAUGAGGGACAUUAACAAGAAGUUCAGUGUCCGCUACUACCUCAACCUUGUGUUAGUGGAUGAGGAGGAGAGGAGAUACUUCAAACAGCAGGAGAUUGUGCUGUGGAGGAAGGGAGACCCAAAGACAGCGAGGAAAAGUGUCCCCAAGAAUUAGCCCACUGACUCUGAUAAGACUGCACUAGCUGUGUUGUGUGUGUGUGUGUGUGUGUGUGUGUGUUUUAAUAUUGUCUGGAGAAAGAAUAA